GUCUAUGAAGUCGGUAUGGAUCCUGAAGAACAUGUCGCGUCAGUGCCCUCGGUGAAGUUCCCGAAAGUUCCGAGCCCACCAGACCUGACGCCUUGGGAGCGAGUUCCCGUUUACGUGACGCAUUACGAGCGGCCCAGCAAACUUUUUCUGCGUUACAACCUGUCUGACCAUGAGAACGAAUGCAUCGACAGUACUGACUACUACAUCGAGGAGGAGCGACAGCACGUGUAUGAGGCGUCGAUCGGCAUGUACUGCAUGGUGGUAUUGCCGGAAGACUCCAGCAGGCAGGCACUGCGCGCGUUGGUGACGGACGUUCGCAGAAAUGUCGCGGGCAUACAAGUUCUGGCAGACGUCCUAUACAUCGACGAAGGCCGCACCGACGUUGUCGCACUGGACUGUGUUUACCCCAUGAGCGAUUACGAAGCCCGCGAUCCCUGCCGAUCAGUGGCCUGCUGCAUGCGCAGAAUUAGGCCUACUUUGGAGAGCUCGUGCUACGACUUGCAACGGCUUCUCGACAACACCGUGCCGUACUACUACGAUGCCAUCUUCUACGGCCUUUCGGACGGUGGUGUCUACGAGGUGGACUUAUUCAUCAACUGUCCUGAUGCCCCCAUUGGGAUGCAGCGUCAGAAUGUUGCCCGACUACUUGUCGAUAACGGCUACGCCGAAUUCUUGGAUUACCUGAGAGAUGCCGCGCUUGAGGAUGUUGAACCGACGGUCCAUGUGAGCGAUCAUUCGCAGCAGCCUGAAAGAGAGGGCAUCAUCGAGCAGAACCUGCUCGAAAGGGGAAGCAUCAACACCGAGAACGGAAUCAUAGCUACGAGCGAAAUCUGCGUUGAGGGUGACAUCUGCCCUGAGAGUGAAGUCUGCUCUAGAAAUGAAGUCUACCCUGGGAAUGAAGUCGGCACUGGGAAUGAAAUCUGCGCUGAGUAUGGAAUCAGCCACGCUAAGACUGAAAUCAGCGGCCUGGUGUUGGACAAAUCACCAUCUACUCACUCCGCAAUCAACGGUGAAGUGUUGGGCAAAUCACCCACUACUCUCUCCGUAUUCAACAGCGAGAUGAUGGGCAAAUCCCCCUCUACUCUCUCUGCAGUGACUGGUGAGGUGUUGGACAAAUCACCUUCUACCCUUUCCGCCUGCAGUGUCGAUUCACUGAGUGACAGCUCUCUCUGCUCAGAAUUAGCACCAUUUGUGCCAAAGGAAAGUACCAUGGACAUUAAAGUUACAUUUAUCCUGACACCCGACCACUGGUAUGGACGACCAACCUCUGCAGUGAAAGAUCUGUCAGAAGUGAACAGCAUCAUUGCAUCGUGCGAAGAGGUGUUGUGCGUGAAACGACAGAUCAAGAAAGGGUCAUACCUAAUGUAUCGUGAUUUGCCGCAUGAAACUGGAACCAGAGUCCGUGUUGAGGAACUGCUUAGUGCUGGAAAAUGCCGGGUAUUGUUCGUUGACCAUGGCAACAGAAAGGCUGUGAAGUCCUCCUGCUUGUUCAAAUUGGACUCGAGACUUAGGAGCAUAGCUCCGCUUGCAUUAAGGUUUAAGCUAGUGGACAUUCAGCCAUGGACACAAUGGACAGAAGCAGCAGUCUUACGGUUUGAAGAGCUGGCUCAUAAUGGCUGUUCACUCACAGCAGUCAUUGUGGGAACUAGUAGUACUGGUGAUGAAUUUAAUGACACAGUCUACUUGGCAAAGUUGCUCAGUGGGACCUAUGGAGACGUUGCUGAGUGCAUGUGCAGGGAAGGCUAUGCAAGAAUGCCGACUGUGAAACGCAAAAGGGACACUGCUGCUCAAAACAGAAAUCUUCCAGCCCCUUCUCCUUUCAAUCCCAUGCAGGACGAUUACAACAGUCCUCUCAACAGUUAUAACGUGAACACCGACGACCCGGGGGUGGCUGCAGCAAACUUUUCGGCGAAAACCAACCGCAUCUGCAAGUUCUUUAGCACUCAAGGCUAUUGCAGACAAAAUGGAGCCUGUGUUUUCAAGCACAUUGACGCAGAAGCCAACUCGGCACUCUUGCAUAUAACCGAGCCUGUCGCUGAAUGUGUCGAACUGAAACCACCCGAACCGGGGAGUUGGCUGUUGGGCCAGAUGUCGGCGUACGCCAGCCCCAACCACUUCUAUUUAAUCUUUUGCUAUGGAAGAAAGACUGUUGAUAGGCAUAUCAUGGAAGAUGGUGCUUUCAGCAUGGGGGAGACGUUGCAAAGCCUUAUGGACGACAUCCAAGUCUUUUGCAGUCGUGGCCAUUUCUUAGAAAACAGGCUUUUUGCAAAGUCGGUCGGCGAGUUCGUCGCUGCCAGGUCCAGCCGUGACAAUCUUUGGUACCGAGCACAGGUUGUCGCCAUUGGUGAUGGUGACCAGCUGAAAGUGUCAUUUGUGGACUUUGGGUUUUGCGAGUGGCUCUCGUUGAACAAUGUCAGAACACUGGAUCCACGCUUUACUCACCUGGCCAUUCAGUCGCAGCUGUCAUCCCUCGUGGACACUGAAUUGUGCGACUUGAGGGAUGGAACCGGCUGGGACAAAGAAAUGUGCAAAAGGUUCCUCGAAUGUGUCACUGGCGAAACUCUUCUGAUCGAAACUGUGUCCUCUAAGCAGGGUCUUUUGCAUGUCAAGCUCUUCUUCUACCGGGACAACGCGAUCUACAGUGUGACUGAUUUUAUAAGGAAUAUGUGAACAGACCAAAGCCAAGAAAAAUGUUGUAGUGCUCAAUAUUUACAUCUAGUGCAUGCUCUAUGAACUCUGAAUGACUUUGGGAACUUCGCUUUGGUUCACAGCAUUUGUUUGCAUUGUGUCUAUUUAUUGUGAAUGUACCUGCGAUUCUGUCACAGAAUUUGUGCGAUGAUGGGAUCGGUGUGCCAUUUCGUGGGUGUUGAUUGUAGUGUGCGUGGGGAAAAUAAAUAUUUUUAUUCA